AUAAUCCAAAAUUGCCCAUAUAAAUAAUUCAACAGGUAUGUCAUCCCAAGCCUUACACCUCUUCACAAUUUUAUACUAUAAACUACCCAGAUCUGUACAUAGAUUUAGGAAUAAAGUCAGCCCAGCUUUAUGUGGUGGUAGGGAGGGGCUGGGGGUAGGAGAAAUGUUAUGGUGGGGUUGGAGUCAUGAUUUGUGGUAUAAUUUUGCUGAUCUGGAGGUUUAAUGAGUAUAUUUGGCAUAAUUCAGCAAAAGGGUUGGGAUAUUAUCUCAAUAAGCAUGUAGCAUAGAUGAUUACAAAGAAUAUACAGAAAUACAAAGGAAAUAGACGCAAAAGAAGCAAGAGAAUUAAAAGAAGAGUCAGAAGCACACUUGGUGAAGCAGUUAUUACACUUGAACCAUUAAAAAUUAAGAAUAUUAACCCAAACUUUUCCUCUGAAGAGGAAGAAAGUAUCGAAAAGCAACAAGAAUUAUCGAAAGAGAGCUCCGUAAAGAAUCUGGAUCCUCUCUGAAACACCUCUGUACCUGUCCAUUUAAAAUCAAAAGUGAACUAUUUUUUCACUCCAUACAACAACAAGUUUGAAUUUUCGAAUGACCCUCUCCAGAUUAACGAAGGGCAAAAUUGGAAAGUUCUGACAGAUUUCAUCUGUGAAAAUGACAAAACAAAGUUUAUUGACAGAUGAGAACUCAUCAAACACAAUUUAGAGAUGGAAGGCUCUGAAAAGGAAAUUAAAUCUGUUAAAUUAAGCUUGCGACCUGCUGGCAGGCCUAAAGCUAAAAAGUCCUUUAAUAAUCAAGCUGUAAAGAUAUUCGAUGAAGAAGAGACCAGCCUGGAUAGAAAUUUGUCUUUCAGAGACCCUGCAGAUUUCUUAUGUGCUACACCUCAUCAUACAGUCAAACAGAUCCAUUCCCCUGUGAUUAAGGAAGAAGAGUCCGAUUCUGACGACUCAGUCUCAGGGUCUGGAUCCCUUGUGAGGAUACAGACGCAUAAAAUCAACAUCCGCAGACCUAAAGAAAAGGAAAGUAUCAUUAUGAAAGAGAUUAACCAUGGAAUGAAAGCUCUAUUAAAGAAGGAAGGCCUUCAUAAACCUUCUCUGUUACAUUCAAAAGUCAGCAUUAAUUCAAUUCAUGGAUCCAUAUUAGAGGAUUUCAGAAGUGGACUUGAUAAGAGCUCGUUUAAAGAUGAUGGUUCUCCAAAGGGCUCUAAAAAUCUUUCGCAAAAUAAAUCAAAGAGCAAAUUUUUUGCAGGACCUCCCAAUGAUAAGCCUAAACCUCUGAAUUCAUUUGAGGACUUUAUGUUUGAUAUUAAGCCUACAAUUUCAAGCAAGGAAGACUCAGUGACCCCAAGGUCUAAGAAAUCUAAAAGAAGUGUCCAGAGAAGCAAAUUGAUGCCUUCAAAAAUUACUAACCUUGAUAUGGUCCUAAAGCAGCGGAAAAUUAGAGAGACUUUAAAGGAGUAUAAAAAAAGAAUUAAAAAUUUAAAAAUUGCUAAAGUGGAUAUUUCAAAAGCUCACCAAAAUAUUCAUAACGAAAAUUUUGAUACUCAAAAUAAGAUCAAGGAGAGAUCUCUCAGGAAGAUAAUAAUGAAGAGGUCUCAGGAAGGAAGAAGGAAUCUGAAAAAUAUUGGGACUAAUAAGCCUAGAGAAAUUCUAAACUCCACUCUUCCCGAAUUAGGGUACAAAACCCUCUUUUCAAACAAUUUCAGUAAAUAAGAUGAGGAUCAGAAAUGUUAAAACACGUCAAGGACAUAGACUCAAGAGAUCUCUUGAAGUAAUAGACAGAGCAAGUCUGGAGGAAAAGAAGAAAAUUCAAAAUUUUUUAAACACCUCAGCCAAAUUCAACAAAUUAUCCAAAAAGGCAAGUUGUCUUUAUAAAUAUAGUAGGAGAAAAAUGAAAUGAAGAAGAGUAAAAUAUUCUACCCCAGUAAAAGAGUCUUGUUCAAAUUCUUUGGAAAAAUGAACAGAAGAAAGAAGUACAACCUGGGCCGACUCUGCCUGAACCAGAAUGCAGCCAGAAGAAAGAAUAUUAAGAUGAAUUUGAACCUAAACCUAGUGAAGGAUGAAGAAUUGUAAUUUUCAAUUAUCUUUUA